AUGGAUGCCCAGUGUUCACCUCACACAAAGGUUUUUGUCCAGAGAGAUUUUACAGAUGGGAUAUCAGUCAGGUUUCAGACCAGAUACCCUCCGGAAUUGGAAGGACGGAUUGACAGGUCAACAUAUGAGAGAACAAUCAACAAAAUUAAUGAGAUGUUUGCUGAGGCAGAGAGCCUUGGAUCCAAGACUUAUUGUGAGAGCUGUUUUGCUUGUAUGUCUGCAUACAUUGCCUUGACUUGUAUGGACACUCUUUAUGAAAAAACACUCAAAAAGGUGCGGCAUUAUCUGGAAGAACAAAACCAGAACAUUUUCAUGCCACGAGGAGUAAUGUUAAUUGAUCCGGCUGAACGUGGACUUCGAAUUCUUGAAAUUGAUAUUUCCAGUGUGGAAACACCUCAGCAACCUGGAUGUUGA